AUGACAUACUACGACAUCUUGAGUUUGCCCCCAUAUGCUCCAGUGGAAAGGGUUAAGGAGCAAUAUCAAAAGUUGGCCUUGAAACUUCAUCCUGACAAGGGGGGGCAGACCCAUGAGUUCCAGAAAAUCCAGGAAGCUUAUCGCCAUCUGAGUGAUGUUGACGUGAAAACUGUGUAUGAUCAAAUCCUUCGAGAGCAGGAACUGUACAACUUUAGUCAUGCAUUUGAAAUUGCUGAAGUUUCUAAGGACCAUAAUGAAGAUUUUAAACAUUUCUUGUGUACAUGUGGAGACAUGCUUCAAAUCACUGAAAAUGUGAAGGUGAUAAAACACAGAGCAAAAAAGAUGUGGAAGAUGUCACUUCCAAAGGAUUUUGCAUCAGUUGCUCCCAAUGACCUAGGUUCCCCGUCUCCUGAAAUGUUCAAGAAGAGGAAACAAGCCACACUGGAUGCCUUUUUUGUGAAGAAGCAGCCAGAGAUUUUCCAAGUAGAUGGCAAGGAUGAAAAAGUCUCAUCCAUUUUCUCCUCUAUGGAGAAAGUACCUCUGACUAACAUUUCUCCUCAGUUGAAUGAAGAAGCUGAAGGCAGCAUGGAUGCAGAAUCUGUUGAACUAGACCUUCCAAGUUUUACACUGAUGACUAAGACCAGUGAUGAAAUUGUGAAGUUGUGGCUGCUGGUUUGGAUCGCUCUGGGCUGCAUGGACCUUGGAAGUCCCUCGUCCGCCCUCCUCAAGCUGCCCGUUUGCACGCGGGAGCGGCGCGUCAUCCUUGGCUUCCUCAACACUUUCCGGCUCAUUCUCGGUCACGAUCAGCCGAUCGAGUGGGAGGCGAGUUCUGCGCUGGACGCGCAGGAAACGGCCGAGAGAUGCUCCGUUCGAAGUCCGAAUCGCAGCGGUUUUCCGGAGCUUCGAGCCGCUUUUCGUCGGGACCAAGACUCUGAGUUCCUUCCGGAUUGGCACGCCGUUCUUCUCUCCUGGAUCAUCGCUCCCGAUGCUCGUUCCAUCCGGAGGGAUGGAUUGUUAGGAGCCGCGAAUGCGACUGGGAUCGGAUGCGGCGCCGCCCUCUGCAACGUCACCGGGUCUCCGUGGCAACUUCACGUCUGCAUAAUGAGCAGUCAAGAUGGGUGCAUAUCGGAGAGGGAAUCCAAUAAGGGAGGGUUCGUCGUACUCAACGUGAAUUCCGUGGAAGAACCCUUCCGACAGUUCCCAGGUCACCAGGAUCACAUCCUUGUCCCGGAUUCUGAUUCAUUCCCCGGGGAGAUCAGUCCUGGCCUGGUUCCUCCUCCUUCCCCUUUCCCGUUGAGACUGGGCCUGGUUCCUCCUCCUUCCCCUUUCCCGUUGAGACUGGACCUGGUUCCUCCUCCUUCCCGGGGGGAAACAGACCUGGUUCCUCCUCCUUCCCCUUUCCCGUUGAGACUGGGCCUGGUUCCUCCUCCUUCCCCUUUCCCGUUGAGACCGGACCUGGUUCCUUCCCCGAUACUGGCUCCAACCGUCCUCGUCCCGGCGGAUCCGGCGGCCGACCUCGACCCAGCCCAGGCUCAAGACCCAUCCCUAUUCCUAAUCCCAGCCCCAGCCCAGGCCCAAGACCCAUCCCUAUCCCUAAUCCCCGCCCCCCCCCCCACCCCCGCCCCAGCCCCAGCCCCCGCCCCCGCCCCAGCCCCACCCCCAGCCCCAGCCCCAGCCCCAGCCCCAGCCCCAGCCCCAGCCCCAGCACCAGCCCCAGCCCCAGCCCCGGUCCUAGUCCAGGUACGGAUUGCCCGAAUCCGCUCCGGUGUAUCCGAAUCGGAGAAGAACCUGAUCGUGGACACUCACAACGGCUUUAGAGCACGAGUUGCCUCUGGCAUGGAGACUCGAGGCUACCCUGGACCUCAGCCCUCCGCCUCCAACAUGCGACGAAUGGUAUGGGACGACGGGCUGGCGGCGACGGCGCAGGGUCUGGCCAACACCUGCAACUUCGACCACGACGACAACUCCUGCCGCACUUUUGGCACGUCGUUUGGGUCAGCGGGUCAGAACCUGUAUACGAGUUCGGGGUUCGGAAAUGGGACGGCGGACUGGACCGCGGCCAUUCAAGGCUGGUACGACGAGGUCGAAACCUUCAGCUCCAGUUUCGUCUCGCCUUACACGUUUGACAGUGGGACGGGUCACUACACCCAGGUUCUGUGGGCAGACACGUACGCCGUGGGAUGUGGCUUCGUGGCGUACGGAGAAGGGACGAAACUCUACGUGUGCAACUACGGCCCUGCUGGGAACAUCAUGGGAAGGAGCAUGUACGCCAUUGGGAGCCCUUGUUCCUGCUGCCAGUCUUCCUGCUAUGAAAACUCCCUCUGCGAUUGA